GCCACAGGUAGCCCUUGCGUCUGGCAGGGCUGUCGACCCACCAUGCAUGUAGCCUUUGCGUCUGGCGGGGCUUUUAGGACCCCAGGUAGCGUCUUGCACUGGGAUUUUUAGGGAGUAUCUCCUCAUUCAUUGCACGGUAGAUUGAUCAACCUUUCUUUCAUCGCUGAGGGUUCAGCGAUGAACCAGGUAGCCCUUGCAUCUGGCAGGGCUGUUGACACCCCGCGCAUGUAGCCUUUGCGUCUGGCAGGGCGACGAACUGUCACCCUGGUCUGAGUUCAAAUGAACCAGCACCAGAUCUCUCUGUCAUACACACAUACAUGCACGCACACACAUGCACGCAUGCGUGCACGCGCACGCACACACACACACACACACACACACACACACAGUUUUCUCCAGGUCCCCACUGAAGACGACAGCACUGACAGGAGAACAAAGCUGCAAAAUUUAAAGAGAAGACAAGACACCACUCUCAGACCACCAGAUGACUGAACAUUGGCCUCCAGAGACUAAAAUGCCUUCACAUGGCCAAAGGUUUAUCUCACUCCACCACCUGAGCUGCUGCUGUUCACCAUGGAUGAAAAAAAGUAAGUACGAGCCUCUGACUUACUAAAACAGUGACCUAGGCUAGAGCAUGAUGUGAUAUAAAGACAGAAAGUUAUGUGUACUAUUGUGUAAACUAGCUACAAACUCUAUACCUCGCCUGUUUCUUUAGAUAAUAUCACUUAUUUAGUAACUGAAAGAUUAUUAAUCUGUUUUACUAACCAUUAUUCAUGUUCCUUGUCUUACUACACCACCUGAGCUGCUGCUGUUUGCUGUGGACUAAAGAUGAGUCUGAGCUUUUGACUUAUAAAGAUAAUGUAUGUUAUUGUGUAUUGUGUGUUCGCUAACUUCUUGUUCUCCUCUUGUGUGCAGGGGCUCCUGAGAGUGGAAGUGAGCCAAACCACAGAGAGCCGCCAUCCCAGCUGUCGACUGAGCGCACUCUGUCACAUUAAUGUCUGAACUGCACUGGUUUGCUGUUGCAUUCAAUAAAACACUCAGACAUAUAAAGUGACACUAUGUACUGUGACAUUUAUUUUAUCUGCAGUGAUGUUGAGUUCAUGUGAAGCUUUUUAAAUAGUGAAUCAGCUGCAGGUGUCAUAACAGGUAUAAACAGCUUUGCCACCUGGAGUCUCUUUAAAUAAGCAGCUACACUGAGUCAUCUGGUUCACUAUGUCAUUUUAAAGCAAAGCUACAUAUCCAGAAGUUCUGAGAAACGGUCAAAGACUAGAGAGGAAAGAAGAUGAACUCAUCAGACAGGUUGUAAACCCUGCGGAAAGGGGAGAGAAAGUGUUCUGAGGCCUUCAGCCACUGCAAAAGAUCAAUCACACACAUGCACACACACCUCCUUUAUAUCAACAGGCAAGCAGCAACGUCCAGGGCUGAAAAUGACGCCAACACGAAAGUGCCAGUUUCUAGAAUGGCCACUUGAGACUGGCUCAAGGAGCGAGUCAGUCUCCACUUUACAGCAGAAAUAAACAUGUUUACUGCCUGGUACAAAAACUGUUUUUGGUCUCUAUAGCUAAUUUCUCUGUUCAUGACAACUGUUUACAUUUUAUUAGCUUUUUCAGUUUUCAGUUUCUGAACUGUCGUCAUGUCUGUAUAUAAUCUCCCACAUCAGUACACAUGUGGUCCUUCAGAUUCAGUGACAUUUUUACAUUUCCAUAUGUCAAUCUGCAGAAAUAAAACCUAAUUUAUGAUAAAGGAUUUAUAAGUUUUGGGCAUUGGCAUCAGAGUAGGUCAUAUCUUCAGCUUCUUUUCUAUUAAAAUAUAUUUACCACAGUGAUGGUGUUUUAAGGACUUGUACUGUUUUGUCGACAUCUCGCUUUGAUCCACUACAUUCAGUGGUUUUCCCCGUUUAAUCAAGGCGAUGAAGAUCUCUACUAUCAAUAGUGCCAACAGGUAUCAACAGGUCAGUCUCCUCUGUGUAUAAAAAUAUGAGAGGCAACAUGAAUGUCUGUGUUGGUCUCUCUUCUCCAGGUCAGUUUCAGCUGAGUCUGUGUUGUGUUUCUCUUAUGAUAAUUAAAUCCACAGUGUUUGGAGACAUCUUCAGGAGGGACACUGCACUCUCUACAUAAAGAGGAAGACUAUCACUAUAAAUAAAUGAUAAAUGUGAAACCAAUAUUCCAUACAGAGGGAUCUGUGUUUAUAUAAAAUGUGCUUGUUAUUCCACAUGGGUGACACAGUGGGUCCAUCUCUGACUCAUCCCGCCCAUUUUCAGUUGAUGAUGACGUAAUAAAAAGGGCCGGUCAGAUGUGACCGUUGAGUCUGACAGCAGCAACUCCCCAACAACAAUGGACUGCUUAAAAACACGCCCAGGGGCUGGUAUUUAAUGUCCUGCGUCACACAGAGAGUUGUAUGCCCGGUGCUCAGACGACCACAUAAUGGAAAAUAUGUACAUAGUGCUAAAAUAUAUUGACAUGAGGUGCACUGAGUUGGUUCUAUCCUGGUUCUAUCUGACAAAAUUCUACCCACUGUUCCCAUACUGUAUACAUGAACGCGCACUCAGAGCGUGCACUGCUACGUCAUGCAAACCACGCCCUCUCGGGGGGUCCAACCCCGCCCCCACCAACAGCCGGGUAUUGUCGGCUGUGAUUUUUGAAACGGACUAAACUGGACUGUGUUGAAGCUACUGUCCUCAGUAACCUCCUGAGGAAACUCGUAGAUAACCAUGAGGGGGAGAAAUAGUAGUAACGCCAGCAGGAGAAGCUCCACUAUUAGAAGACGCAGUGAGAAUUUGCGUUUUGAUGAAUUCGGCUUUGCUUUGACUAAACGAAAGGACCAAAAACUUCAUCACCGAUGUCAUGACUACAGCUACCCCCAGCUGAGCUCAGUGAGGGUGAAAGAGCUGUGUGAGCUGCUCAGCUACUGGAAUGGAGCCAGCUUCAUCUGCAGGAGCCAGAUUGAGCGAUUCAUCAGGAUGGGUAUUCCUCCAAGUCUGCGAGGUAGAGUGUGGAAGUGUCUUCUCACCAUUGACAGUCUGAGAGAAACUAGUGACUUCAACUACCAGAAGUGUUUGUUAGAGGUGCGAGGGCCCCUGGUCGACUUGGGAGUCAGUGAGUACGGCAUCCUGUCGGCAAUCACCACACUGAGCGAAACCCAAAACGAUCUAGGUUUGAACCCUCAGCAGCUGUCCAGCUGCCCCAAGCCCAGAUACUCUGUGGAUGACAUCACACUCUUCAGGCAGAUUGCGCUUGACCUGCAACGUUCCUUCCCGACCCACCGCUCUCUGAUGGGGGAGAGCCCAGAAGCCAUUGAAGGUCAGGCUAAACUCUUCAGGGUCCUCAUCGCUUACGCCAAAUACAGCCCAAAGGUUGGAUACAGCCAAGGGAUGUCCUACAUAGCUGCGGUGCUGCUGAUGCAGUUGGCAGAGGAGGAGGCGUUCUGGGCCCUGACAGCCUUGUUGGAUAAACCCAAAUACCUGGCUGAACUGUUUGACCUCAGCCUCACCAGGGUCCAGCAUCAAGUGAAGGUGUUUGACCAGUUCCUGAAACACAGGAAGCCACAGCUCUCUCAGCACAUGGAGUCAGUGGGAGUCCUAUCAGUCCACUUUGUGAUGCCAUGGUUCCUCACUCUCUUCACUUCCCUUCCCUGCUGGGACUCUGUCCUGGCUGUCUGGGAUCUCAUCAUUCUGCAUGGCCUGUCAGCUGUGUUUCGUACUGCUUUGACCAUUAUUGAGCUCCUGGAGCCUCGACUAAUGGACCUGAAUGAUGAGGGAGCAGUGUUGCCCUUGCUGCUGAGAGUCCCUGUUGAUGUAGCCCAGUACACCGUGUUAGUUCCUGCCCUGUGGAAUACCGAGGUCCAAGACUGGGAGCUUAAAUGUAUGAACAGUCUGGUGUUGGAUGAAAGCCACCAUGGACCCAAAGCAGAACAGUGUCAAAAUCAGAAGGCCACACUGCCAACCCAAGUCAGUGGAGGUAAAGAAAAAGAAAAUGCAUCAACACCUUCAGAAGGAGAAAAGACGACUGAGAAAGACUCAGUUACAGGGGCUAAAAGUGUGCUGACCCGGGUGAUACGCCUGGCCCAGCGAUACCUGUUGGACCCGAUGGGUAGAAAGAGGGUUGAAGCGACAAGUUCUCAAACCCAGACCAAGCCCAGACAGCGUAGUCCUGCACCCGGACGAGUGUUCAGGAGUCGGACCUCAGCUUCACUAACGCAAGCACAGAUCAGGUCCAGGAGGCGGAGCCAGCAGAGAGGUGCAGCACAGCAGCCGGUAGUGCAGGGGAGCAGUGGUGAUGUCACUGUGACAGAUACAGCUGGGAAAACUCACAGAUCAGAGCAAACCUUCAAGAGGACAGGUACAGGUCCUGUUGGCAAGUUGGCCAGUCGCCAUAGCAACCACAGCCUCGUCCAGCCCAUCAGAGUCAAGUCCCUCCGUCUUCUACGAAACAGCAAGAACUCGCCGAGCCAGACCCCUCCCUCCUCCUCUGUCCUCCCCUCGUCCCUCCGAUCCUCUACCCUUCCUCCAUCUUCCUCCAUCCUAUCUUCGAGUCCUCCAUCAUCCAGUGCUCCUCAAAGCGAGGAUCAGCAGAAGCAGCAAGACACACCAAGGACCGCUCUCAUCAAGGAGUUGUCAUCCAGACAUCAGACCAGCGUCCCAUUCAGGAAUACCAGAGAGUCCAAAAUGAUCUGACCCUGAAGAAGACAGAGGAACAUGAUGGAACAAGUGAAGUGAUCAAGCACACAUUAAUAAUAUAAUGUUUACAUUAUAUAUGAAGCAACAAUUGUUAGUCAUGUAAAUCGGGUGAUUUUAUUUUAUCUUUUAUUUUUGAUCUGGGACCAAAUGGGUGACUAACUUACAUAAGGAAACUAUUAAACUGCAGCAAAUGUCAUGAGGGGACUCUGUGCAGGGUCCAUAUUGACAUUAAUCCAACCUGCAGGUCAUCUAAAGUUGCCGCUCAGGUCCUGUAGGGUGCUGUUAAACCAGAUUUCCACCAGAGUAUCUUUAUACUGCUUAUGUUUUGAAUACAUAGGUAUGUGUGUGCAUGCAUGCAGUUGUGCAUGUAGCCCGGAUCUAUUUUGAUACUACUUUGAACUACACUGGUGCUGUUUAUUUUUCCAGUUGACCCAUAAAUGCUUAAACAUGACUCUGUUUUUAUUGUCUUACACAGU